UAAGUUAUAACUUUUUAACUUUAAUUUUCAGGCUAUUGUCUAGAGUGUGUCUAGACACAGAAGGUGCUGUUGAAGUCAAUUCAUUGUAUAAGGCAUAUGAAUUUGAAAUGAAGGAAUGUGGAGAAAGUUCCAUAUGUAACAAGCGCAUAUUUAUUGACCACAUUCCACAUGUGUUUUGUAAUGCAGUUAAGAAACGUAUCAAAGGGAAAACCACCAUGACAACAUACACUGGCAUAAGUGUGAAAAAACUGUGUGAUGUUCUUGACAGAAAAUCAUUACCAGAAAACCCACAGGAAAUAAUGAAAUUAUUGCCUAUAGACGUGGAAAAAAUUGAAAUACUCAAUGACAGUGUUAAGUGCUCUAUACCAACAAAGAUCUUCUGUGAUGGUAAUGAGGUGUAUAAGGUCAUUCAAUUUCAGUGUAAUGGGCACUGGAAAUUGAAGAUAAGUGGGACAGAUAUAGACCUUAAAUCUCUAUUCAUGAAUGAUUGUUUUAAUGCAAAUAAAGAGAGUGUUCAAACUGUAAUACAGGGCGUUCGCCUACUGAAACUUUGUGCUGGUGUUCAAAUAUCAAAAACUGUAAUCAUGAGCCGGUACCAUACACUUAAUAAGUGGACAUUUGAUAAUGAUAAUGAUAAUGGCAGUAGAUUAAUACACUCAGUUGUAUGCAACAGACUUGUUGGAAUGAACUCAGCAUCAGGAACAUGUAAAAAAUGCUUAAAAAUGACUUUCCAUUCAGACUCUAGCAAACACAUUGAAAACAAGGAGAACAUAAACAUUGCUAUUGAAUUUGAUAGUACCAGAGAUAGUAUAAUGAAGCUGUUUCCUGGAGCACCUGGUGAAAUGAUUGAGCUCCUGUUAAGCCAAGCCCAAAAUGUUGCUAGGGAUCCAAAAGGGAGGAGAUGGCCUCAAAGUAUUAUUUCUUUAUGUUUGCAAUGGUAUUGCAGGAGUCCACAGUCCUAUGAAGCAGUAAGAGAAUCCAAAUAUUUGAUAUUGCCUUCACGAAGUGUUUUAAUUCAGUAUAAAACAAAAGUUAAACAACAUGUUGGGUUCGAUGACAAUAUUUUUCAUUGGAUGUUCAAUGAAGCACAGCGUCAAAAAGUACCCCAAGAGGGUUACAUCGGUGGCUUAAUCAUUGAUGAAAUGAGUAUUCAAGCUGACAUACAAAUAUGCAAAUCGGGUGAUGUGGUUGAAAUGACUGGUCUGAUGGACAUAGGAGAAGAGGGUAAUACUUCACAUACAUUAAGGAAAGGUAGCCACGAAAAAGUCCUUGGCACUCAUGCAUUGCAGAUUCUGUUUUUGGGGAUCACUGGUUUUAGAUUUCCAAUAGCCCAUUUUCUAUCUGAUGGGAUACAGGCCCCGGAAAUGUACCCAAUAUUCUGGGAAGCUAUUGACAAACUGAAAAUGUUUGGGUUUAAACCUGUCUAUACAUGUAUGGAUGGCGCGCAGGCAAAUAGAACAUUUAUGAAAAUAAAUAUUGGAAAUCAAAAUAACACCUUCAAGACUGUAAGUCCUUGCACCUUUAAUGACAUUGUUUUUCUAAUGGAUUUUUCACAUGUUAUGAAAAAAAUUAGAAAUAAUAUAUUGAAAAGUGGUAUAUCAGACAAGUGUACCAGAAUUUUAACAUUAAUUAAUGGACACACAGUACAGUGGCAGAUGUUUAUUGACUGCUAUCAGUGGGACAGGUGCAAUGCCCUGCAGCUUCACAGGCGACUUACAAAUGAACACAUGUUCCUGUCAAACCAAUCAAAAAUGAGAAAUCACCUGGCUGAGGAUGUUUUGAACGCUGAAAUGUUAAAUUUAAUGUUACAGUAUCAGCAGUACUUAGGAGAGAAGGGAAAUGUCCUCACCGGUGUUAUCGAGCUUCUUCAACAAACAUCGCUUAUGAUAAGAAUAUUCAGAGACAUGAAGCCAAUUAUUACCACUGAUGACUCUAGGCUAACUGACCUAAUGAUUGUUUCCAAGUGGUUCAAGGACUGGGAAACCUAUGCCAUGAAUUGUGAAAUAGUUCCUAAAAACAUAAGGGCAAAGAAUAUCAUGUCCAUACAAUGUCAUGAGGACAUUCAAUCCUGUGCUAUUGGAUUCGUUGAGCUGUGCCAGAUGCUAAUAUCAGCAGAGUCCAAAGUGCGUAUCACUCUUGGCCUUGUAAACUCUGACGCAGUUGAAAACCUGUUCAACCAACAGAGGUCUACCUACAAUGGUGCUUAUACCAAUCCCAAUGCGCUACAGUACAGGAGAUCUUUGAACAGCAUUCUCCUUGGACAAACAACUGUAUCCCAAAAAGCCAAUGCCGGCAAGAAUCGUUCAGCAGCCCUGCCCUUCAACUGCACAAUGACUAGCGAACCGACAAAUAAAAGGAAGUCAACAUCUGGGAUUGGAUUAGGUGAAAAAAUCAAAGUCAUACGAUAUUAGCUAAGGGUAAGCUCUACUAAAGUGCAGGAUCAUAUGGGAUGGAGGUCAGCACAGAGAAGUCGAAGAUCAUGGUGAAUAGCACAAACAACACCACCUAGGGACCAUCAAACAAUGAAAGCUUGCUUGGUUUGGACACGUCGCAAGGCACAACUCACUGUGAAAUACUGUGCUAUUGGUUUGACAGAAACAUGUGUUCAUUUGUAACCCUAGAAGGAGGUCACCGUCGAGGUCAUCAGAAGAAAAUCUGGAUGGAAAAUGUGAAAGAGUGGACAUCCCUUCCCAUUAAUAAGCUACUCAUAGCAGACCACGAAACAACAAAAGCUGGCUUGGUUUGGACACGUCACCAGACACGACUCACUGUGCAAGACUGUGCUAUUGGUUUCACAGGAACAUGUGUUCAUGUGUAACCCUAGAAGGAUGUCACCUUCUAGGUCAUCAGAAGAAAAGCUGAAUGGAAAAUGUGAAAAAGUGGACAUCCCUUCCCAUUGAUGAGCUACUCCUAGCAGCCCACAAAGACCUGACUGGCGGAGAAUUUGUGUGACGGCGUCCCCCCCUCCCCCCCAACGUCCAGACCGGUCGAGGGAAUGACGAUGCUUAAGGGUGUUCGGUAACUCGGAUGCGCGGAACCAAUCGGUGUAUAAAUAACGUGAGGUGAAGGUCGUUCUGCAAGCGCCUCCCGUUACCCUGAUCAUCGUACACAAUUGAAAGUAAACAUUCAAACAUAACGAUUAUAUUAGUGUUUGGUGUGAUCAAAAGGACAAAUC